AUGGCUUCUAAGGAGAUCACUGCCUCUGGUUUCGUGGGCGCGAGCAAAGACAUCACAGAAAGCAUCAGAAAGAUCGUGGAUAAAUCCUCCAUCAAGUUCAUCCACGGGGUCAAGCUCGACACCAAGAGCGGCAAGACGGAGGACAGGAUACUGGUGCUCACAACAUGGCGGCUCUACUUCCUGGCGCCGAAGCUUCCCGCCAAGGUAGAAACCACCUUCAACUUCCUGGAGAUCCGGGCGUUGAACUCGCACCCCGAGCACCAGGUGAUCAUCGACACCGACAAGUCGGGCUACUCGCUGCGGUUCGAGUCCCGCGACCACCUGAACCACGUGGUCGGCCACAUCAACUUCGCCCUGUCUCGGAUAUUCAACAACUCCAUCUUCGCCCCGUCCAUCGGCCGCUCGGACAGCGACCUCUCCGAGGGCAGCAGGAAGUACUCGCCCAGCUCGGAGACGUCGCCGGAGACCCAGCGGGUCUGCGGAGGCUUCUCGGAGACGUACGCCGCUCUGUGCGACUACAAUGGCAUCAGCUGCAAGGAGGAAGUGCAGUGGGACGUGGACACCAUCUACCACUCCCAGGACAGCCGAGAGUUCAACCUGCUGGACUUCAGCCACCUGGAGAGCAGGGAUCUGGCCGUGAUCGUGGCGUCGAUGGCGUACAACACCUGGUUCACGAAGCUGUACUGCAAAGACCUGCGCAUCGGGUCAGAGGUCACCGAGCAGGUGCUGCACACAAUCAGCAAAUCCUCCAGCCUGGAGGAGAUCACUCUGGAGAACGCCGGCUUAAAAUCGGACUUCCCCCAGAAGAUGUCCGCCGCCCUGUCGGAGAACCCUGCGUCCGUCAUCCACUCGCUCAACCUGGCCCACAACUCCCUGGACAACCAGGGUGUGUCCAACCUGAUCCAGCAGAUGUGUCGCCUCAGCAAAGGACUUCGGCUCCUCAACCUCUCCAAGACCUCCCUCACGUCCAAAGGAGUGGUGUCUCUCUCUCAGGCCCUGUGCUCCAGUGAUGAGUACUCUAACUCCCUGCUGCACCUGGACCUGAGCAAGAACCCCGGAGUCCUGUCCGGGGAGGACGCCUCGAACUUGUAUCUGUUCCUGUCCCAGCCUAACUGCCUGGUCCAUUUGGACCUGUCGGGCACCGACUGCUCCGUGGACUCGCUCUUCGGGGCUCUUCUGAGAGGAUGCUGCGCUGAUCUCUCCUUUCUCAAUCUUUCCAAAAACUCCUUCUCCCACAGGAGGGUGAAGGACACGCUGCCGCUGUUCCGCCAGUUCUUCAGCUCGGCCUUCAGCCUCACCCACCUCAGUUUGGCCUCCAUGAAGCUUCCCCCCGACGUCCUGAGGGCUCUCCUAUCAGGGUUGACCUCCAAUCCUCAUAUCAACGACCUUCAUCUGGACAUCAGUGGCUGUGAGCUUCGCUCGGCAGGAGCCUGUGUGAUCCAGGAGCUCCUCCCCAGAGUUUCCUCCAUCGGCACUCUGGACAUGUCGGACAACGGUCUCGAUGCUGACCUGCUCACUGUGCUGCCGGCUCUCUCCAGACACCCCUCCCUCAAACACCUCCACCUGGGCAAGAACUUCAACAUCAAGAGCAGGGUUCUGGAUGAGGUUCUGCAGAAGCUGGUCCAUCUCAUGCAGGAGGAGGACUGUGCCCUGCAGUCCCUGUCCCUGGCCGACUCGCGGCUGCGUUCCAGGGGCACCGUGCUGGUCAACGCCCUGGGCAGCAACACCUGCCUGAGGAAGGUGGACCUGAGCGGCAACAACAUGGACGACAUCGGGGCCAAGAUGCUGAGCAAGGCGCUGCAGAUCAACACCACGCUCAGGAGCGUGACGUGGGAUCGCAACAACACCUCCGCAGCCGGGUUUCUGGAUGUGGCCCGAGCCCUGGAACAUAACUUCACCUUGCAGUACAUGCCUCUUCCCUUAAGUGACAUCAGCCAGGCGUACCGCGUCGCCCCGGAGAGGACGGAGCAGGCGCUGACCAAGAUCCAGCGCUCCCUGGUGAGGAACAACCAGACGCAGCGCUUCUCUCAGCGUCAGGCUCUGCGGCUGCACCAGGGCCUGGUCACCAGCACCGCCGAGCAGGUGAUGGAGCGCCUCUGCGUGCGCGUGCAGCAGCAGGUGUGCGUGUUACGAGGCGCCGGCGAGCUGGAGGAGAUACAAGCCGCCAAACAGGUCCUGAAAGAGGCCAGGAACUCCCGCGCUCUCUACCCGUCGCUGUGCGAGCUGGGUCACGUGCUCUCCGUGGACGGGCCGGUGCGCCAGCGGCUGGACUCUCUGGCCGGGGAACUCGCCAAAGCCGCGGACAAAGAGCUUCAGGUGAUCGUGGACUCCAUGGUGUCGCUGUGCCGCGAGCUCUGCCCGCUGUCGGCCUGCGCGGCGGAGCGGUUGAGCCCGCCGCUGUCGUCGGUCUCCGAGCGCGUCUCCGUGCCGCGCUCCGCCAUCCGGACGGCGCUGAUGGAGCGAGCAGCGCAGGACAUCCACCGGGCCUUAGAGGAAGUGAAGCUGUCGGUGGUCUCCUACCUCACCAACUCCAUCGUGGACCAGAUCCUGCAGGAGCUCUACGCCACCCACAAGACCCUGACUCGGCAGGUGUCUCACCUGAAGCACUGGGACAGGGGGGCAGAUGACGGGACUGGCUGGAGGUUCAACAGACACCGAGACUCUCUGGAGAUCACGGACGAGGAGCUCGGCACCAGCAUCGACACAAUAGCCAUUAAGAAGCGCAGCUCCAGAACCAGACGGAUACGACCUGUCUCCACCCGGCUGAGCCUGUGCGACGACUCCAGCUGCUCGCCGCCGCCCUCCGUGCCGUCGUACCCCUCGCCGCUGUCCCGCUCGGCAUCCUGGGAAGGCCUGUCGGAGCUGCCCACGCUGGGCCUGCCGCUCCAUCACGUGACGAGGGUUCGGCCGAGGCCUCCGCGCCGGCACAAGGGAGGCCACGUCCUGGCUGAGGCGCAUUGCAGUGAAAAUGGAGGAAUAAGUCCUCUUGAUGGCGGCCUCCCAGACUUCUAUACUAAGCGAGUUCUCCCUGACAGCCAGCUCUCCUCGCUGCACAACGCCCACUCGCUGAGGAGGAAGAAGAGGAGGAACAUGCUGGCCAUCUUCGGUUUCCGUAGGAACCGCAACCAGACGCCGUCCAAUCAGGGGCCGGAGCCCGAAGCCGAGGUUUACGGAGACGGGUGUCACUUUGUUGCUCCGGCGACCUCGGGGGCGGCCACGGAGAACGUGUACACGCUGCUGCUGCAGCCGCCGAGGGCCGCCGCCAGAGCCGGGUCUCCCGGGGAAGUGGCCGACGGGAAAGGGAGCGACCAGCCGGGGAAAAACACUCUGGUGCUGAGUCCGCCGCCGCCGGGCGCUCCUCUCUCGGGCGCCGAGGGAAACAAAGACGCCUUCUGCUCUCCCAGAGAGACAUCCGAGGCGGAUGCCGUCUUCGAACACCCGUUGGAAUCGGACCGGUACUGGACGGACGGCAAGCAGAGGACCACGGAGGACAAGCCGCGGCCGGAGGCCCAGACCACAGAGAGGCAACCUGACCGGCACUGGACCGAGAGCCGACACCUGGACCGGCAGUGGACCGUCGACCGGCACACCCAGCGGCAGAUCGACCGGAAGAUAGAGAGACAGUGGAUGGGCGGCCGGCAGAUCGACCGCUCGUGGUCGGAACACCGGCCGGCGGACGCGCCGGCGGACGGCCAGCGGACCGAGGGCCGGCCGGCCGGCAGGAGGACCGAGAGGCAAGUGCAGCCGCUUCUUUUGGCUCAAAGGCCGCUGCCUCCGUACCCGUCGGACAGGACGCCCUCGCCGAAGGAGACGGAUCCCCUGAGGAGCGCAGAAGCGUCGGCGGCUUCGGCGGCGGCUUCGGACCGGCAUCAGCAGGACGCGCAGAGGGAAAGACAACUGAGUCCUGACGCCGGCGGAGGGUUCCCGGAUGGAUGGAGGACCAGCGGAGGAGGACGAGCUGCCCCAGGUGCACCGAAACCGGAUCCCCCGCCGCAAAGCAGCAAACCCAGCAUGUCCCGGCUGAGGCCGAGGCAUCGUCUGGAGAGCUCCGACACUCUGCCGGGGACCCCCGAAGGUAUGGAGGAGGAAGAAGAGGAUGUGGAGAAGGAUCCCGGAAAGACCGAAAAGAAAGAGAGAGAAAAAAGAAGAGACUCGGAGGGUCAUCCUCCUCCGAUUCCAGAAAAGCCAAAGUCGUCCUCGUAUGCGAUUUUCCCAAAAGAAUCGGUCAAUGAGAGGAGCUUGCCUCCUCCUCCGGCGCCGCCUCCAGUUCACAAGCCCGCAUACGGAUUCCCAGACAGAGCUGCGAGUCAAGGUGACGAAGGACUGCGACCUCCGGCUCCGGUGAAACCACAGAGAAACAGAAAGGCCAUGUCUUGUGACGCAGGCACUGACAGGGACAGCCCUAAUAACGUUGAGAAGCCCCCAAAUCGCAAACCCCCCGAGAAAAAACCUAGACUACCCCAAAACAGAAAUAAGUCACUGGACUUGUCUGGUACACACGGCCUCGACUCGGCCUCCGAUCACAGCGAACUGGUGUGAUGCCCAACGCUGUUCGCUUCAUUUCAACGAGGACACGAAGAAGAAGAAGAAGAAGAAGAAGAAGAAGAAGAAGAAGUCAGAUGGAGGCCAUAAUGCAUUAAUCACACGCUUCUUCUGAAACGCUCACUUUUCUUAAAGGGCCAGUACCGACGUUCUGAAGUGUGUUUGUGUGAGCUUCUUCUUCUCCUGCAGUAAAACAAGCGGUAGAAACUCACACCAACAGUCUUCUCAACAUCACAGCUGACCCUCCGCUGUCUCGUUCCUCCUCUUCACACCUCUUCGUCUUUGCUUUCACAUGAAAAGCUCUCUUUGUAGCGACAGUAUUUUCGACAGUAUUUGCUAAAGCCAGACGGCCAUUUUGUCUUUUCGUGUCGGAGAAUCGUGGCUUUUGCUCGACAGGAAGAACAACUAAUGUUUAUUCUUUCUUAGAAUGUGAUUUCUAAAACAUAUCUGCGAUAGCAUUUCUUAACCGCCGAUACGGUCCAUUGUGUGCGUCCGACUCUCGGAAGCGAGUCACUUCUUAUCAGAGGAAACUUGAUGCUUUUUAUCUAGUUUUGCUUUCAGGAAACUGAAAGGGUAUUAUAUAUUUUAUAGAGAAAAAUAAAUAUUAUGUAUGAGCACCCCUCGCUGUAUGAAUAAAACACUAAAGGAAAACUA